AUGUAUAUCAAGCAAAUUAUCAUCCAGGGCUUUAAAAGCUACAAGGACCAAACAGUCAUCGAGCCCUUUUCUUCAAAGACCAAUGUCAUUGUCGGUCGAAACGGUUCGGGAAAAAGUAAUUUUUUCGCAGCCAUUCGUUUUGUUCUCAGCGAUGCAUACACCCAGAUGAGUCGCGAAGAGCGGCAGGGUCUUCUCCACGAAGGCUCAGGCUCUGCCGUCAUGUCUGCAUAUGUCGAGAUCAUUUUCGAUAAUAGCGACGACCGAUUCCCGACCGGAAACAAGGAGGUUAUCUUGCGCCGCACCAUCGGUCUGAAAAAGGACGAAUACUCAGUGGACCGCAAGGUGGUGACCAAGGCCGAUGUCAUGAACCUACUUGAAGCUGCUGGAUUCUCGCGAUCAAAUCCGUACUACAUCGUGCCACAGGGACGAGUUACUGCACUGACGAAUAUGAAAGAGUCCGACAGGCUCAAUUUAUUGAAGGAGGUAGCGGGAACACAAGUGUACGAGACACGUCGUGCAGAAUCACUGAAAAUUAUGAACGAGACAAACAAUAAGAGAGAAAAGAUCGACGAGCUUCUAGUGUACAUCAAAGAGAGACUCAACGAGCUGGAGGAAGAAAAGGAAGAGCUUAGAGGGUUCCAGGACAAGGACAGGGAGAGACGAUGCCUCGAAUACGCAUACUACCACAACAUACAGCUCAACGUCCAAUCUGCCCUGGAGGAGCUCGAUAAUGCGCGACAAGAUGGCAUCGACAGUUCCGACACCAACAGAGCAGAGUUCUCGCAGGGAGAAAAGGCGAUAUCAAGGCUUGAUUCGGAGAUCCACAAGUUAGAGAGGGAGAUGGAGCUUCUACAGAUCGACCGCCGACAACUCGAGGAGGACAGACGUGACAGUGCCAAGAGUAUGGCCAAAGCUGAGAUGAAGACCAAGAACUUGAAAGAAGGCCAAUCCGCCCAGGAACAAGCCCGAGCUCAGCAUGCAGCUGAUCUUGAGUCCGUGCAGAACGAGGUAGCAUCAAAAGAGCAGCAGCUGUCCGCCAUUUUGCCAGCAUACAACGAGAAAAAGCAGGAAGAGGACAAUGUUCGACGACAACUCGACCACGCCGAAUCUACACGCAACCGUUUGUUCGCCAAACAGAGCCGUGGCUCUCAGUUCAGAAACAAAUCCGAGCGCGAUGCAUGGCUAAAGAAGGAAAUCCAAGAACUUGAACUCAAUAUCAGCACACAAAAAGCCAACAAGAUCGACGCAGAUGAGGAAGUUCAAAGAGUUCACGAAUCAAUUGCCCAAGCAGAGCAAGAGGUUGCCGAGCUGCGAAACCGUCUUGCCAACUUUAGUGCUGAGAGAGGAGCCCUCGAGGAGGAGGCAACGAAGGCAGGUGAUGUUAUUGACAGACUCAACGAUGAGCGAAAACUUGUCAGACGUGAAGACGACAAGCUCAACUCAGUUAUCGCCAAUGCUCGUCAGGAGAAAGAGGCUGCUGAGCGUGAACUGUCGCAUACUAUGGACGGUGCAACUGCUCGUGGUUUAGCAACAAUCCGACGACUGAAGCAAGAGCGUGAUAUUCCUGGAGCAUAUGGAACACUGGCUGAACUUCUCCAAGUUAGUGAUGCAUACAGACUUCCUGUCGAGCAGAUUGCCGGCGCAAGUCUCUUCCAUUAUAUUGUCGACAACGCAGACACUGCCACCUACCUCGCAGAUACUCUGUACAGACAACAGGGAGGUCGAGUUACGUUCAUGCCUCUUGCUCAACUGCGACCCAAGUCGAUCAACCUCCCCAGGUCUAACGAUGCGGUACCCCUCCUUAGCAAGAUCUCAUAUGAUGAAGCGUACGAGAAGGCUUUCCAGCAAGUAUUUGGCAAGGUUGUUGUCUGCCCUAACUUGACCGUAGCAAGCCAAUACGCACGAAGCCACGGCGUAGACGGUAUCACUGCUGAAGGUGACACAACCAACAAGAGGGGUGCGAUGACUGGUGGAUACAUCGAUCCUCGCAAGUCUCGUUUGCAAGCUGUCCAGGCCGUGAAUAAGUGGCGGGGUGAAUACGAGAGAUUGCUGGCACAGUCCCGGGACAUCCGACAACAGACAGAGCUGAAGGAUCAAGAGAUCACAGCGGCCAUGUCAGAACUCCAAAAGGCCAGGGAGAGACUACGACAAGCUGUUGAUGGGUUUGAGCCUCUCAGACAUGAGCUCAUGAACAAGUCGACACAUCUGGAGAACGAGCGAGGCCAUCUUGACGCAGCUGUCAAACGCCGAGAUGCGGUUGAAAGUAACAUGAACAGUUUCUUGGAAGACCUCGCUGGCCAUGAGACUGAGCUCAAAUCAGAUUUUAAGAAGAAUCUGACCUCGGCAGAAGAGCGCCAGCUGGAAGAACUUGGCAACAGUAUCCAAGAACUUCAGAAGGAAUGGAACGAGCUCAGCAGGGCUCGACGUGACCUGGGACGGCAGAAGCAGCUCCUCGAGGUCGACCUUCGCCAAAAUCUGCAAAUGAAGCUUGACCAGCUCAACAGUCAGGCCUUUGAGAACUCGACCUCUGGUUCUUCAGCUGGUGGAUUGAAGGAGGCCCAAAGAGAACUUAAGAAGGCACAGAAAGCGCAGAAAACCGUCGAGGCAAGUCUUCAGGAAGUAGAAGCUAAGCUGGACGACUCGCAAGCCCGAUUAGAGCAACUGGAGAACGAUAGAGCGCAGCGAGAGCAGGCUCAACAAGAGAUAUCCGCAAGGAUCGAGAAGCAGCAGAAGAGAAUGGACAAGAGUCUUCGAAGGAAAGCCGUCUUGACAACGCAAGCCGCCGAGUGUGCCCAGACCAUUCGUGAUCUUGGUGUGUCAUCCAAGAUCAAGCGGGUAAACGAUGCACUAAAGAAGUACAAGCACGUCAACAAGAAGGCCUUUGAACAGUACAACAACUUUACGACACAACAAGACCAGCUUAUGAAGCGACGUAAGGAGUUGGACGAGUCCCAAGAAUCCAUCGAGGAACUCGUUGAGCAUCUCGAUCGCCGAAAGGAUGAAGCUAUCGAGCGAACAUUCAAGCAAGUUUCAAGAGAGUUUACAACCAUUUUCGGCAAGCUUGUGCCUGCUGGUCACGGCCGCCUGCUGAUCCAGCGACGGGCGGACCGCCGUCAAGAACCUGCUGACGAAUCUGAUGGAGAGGCUCGAGGUGCUGUUGAAAACUACACAGGUGUCGGAAUCAGUGUGUCAUUCAACUCCAAGCACCUUGACGAGCAACAGAAAAUCCAGCAGCUCAGUGGUGGUCAGAAGAGUUUGUGUGCUUUAUGCCUUAUCUUCGCCCUUCAGGCAACUGAGAGCAGUCCUAUGGUCAUUUUCGACGAGGUCGACGCCAACCUAGACGCCCAAUACCGAACAGCGGUUGCAGCCCUGCUUGAUUCCAUCUCCAACGAGAUUGGUACACAAUUCAUCUGCACCACUUUCCGACCUGAGAUUGUGCAUGUCGCAGACAGAUGUUAUGGUGUGACGUUCCGCAACAAGACCAGCUCGAUCGACUGCGUCAGCACUGAGCAAGCACUUGACUUUGUCGAGGGUCAAGCGAAGCCUGCUUAG